AAGCGGAGAGACAGAGAGAGAGAGAGCACAACAUCGACAUCAACAACAGCCGCAAUAGCAACAAAGCACCGCCAAGUGAGUAGGUAAAGCCGAAGCGUGGUGCCAAAGCAUAGCAAAAUUGUAGCAAUGGAUUCUGACUACGGACUGCCCAGGGAACUCUCCGAUCUGCAGAAAGCUCGAUCCGCCUACAAGCCGGAGCUUCCUCCGUGUCUUCAGGGAACUGCUGUUAGAGUGGAGUAUGGCGAUACCUCCUCUGCAGUUGAUGCCUCUGGUGCCCAUACCAUUUGUCGCACCUUUCCACACACAUACGGUCAACCUUUGGUUCACUUCCUCAGGGCAACUGCAAAGGUUCCUGAUGCUCAGAUAAUUACUGAUCAUCCAGCAAUGAGAGUGGGAGUGGUUUUCUGUGGAAGACAAUCUCCUGGAGGGCAUAAUGUUAUAUGGGGUCUUCAGAAUGCUCUCAAAAUUCACAACCCUAGUAGUACUUUGCUUGGUUUUCUGGGCGGUUCUGAGGGUUUAUUUGCACAGAAGACUCUUGAGAUCACAGAUGAGAUUCUGUCAACCUACAAGAAUCAAGGUGGUUAUGACAUGUUGGGACGGACAAAAGAUCAAAUAAGAACAACUGAACAAGUUAAAGCUGCAUUGGCUACAUGCACUGCUUUGAAGUUGGAUGGCCUAGUCAUUAUUGGAGGGGUAACAUCAAACACUGAUGCUGCUCAGCUUGCGGAAACAUUUGCAGAAGCAAAAUGCCCAACAAAGGUUGUGGGAGUUCCUGUUACUCUAAAUGGAGACCUGAAGAACCAAUUUGUUGAGACAAAUGUUGGCUUUGAUACAAUUUGUAAGGUUAAUUCCCAGCUGAUUAGCAAUGUCUGCACUGAUGCUCUGUCUGCAGAGAAGUAUUAUUAUUUUAUCCGGCUCAUGGGCCGUAAGGCAUCACAUGUUGCACUGGAGUGCACACUUCAGUCACAUCCAAAUAUGGUUAUUCUAGGAGAGGAGGUGGCAGCAUCAAAACUCACUCUUUUUGACCUGACGAAACAAAUUUGUGAUGCGGUUCAAGCCAGGGCAGAGAAAGACAAAUACCACGGAGUCAUUCUACUACCAGAGGGGCUUAUUGAGAGUAUUCCAGAAGUGUAUGCCCUGUUGCAGGAAAUCCAUAGUUUGCUCAUGCAAGGUGUUUCUGUUGACAAAAUUUCUUCUCAAUUGUCCCCUUGGGCAUCUGCCUUGUUUGAAUUUUUGCCACCUUUUAUUAGAAAGCAGCUCCUCCUCUUCCCAGAAUCUGAUGAUUCUGCACAGUUGUCCCAGAUUGAGACAGAGAAACUUUUAGCUCAUCUCGUAGAAGUGGAAAUGAACAAGAGAUUGAAAGAAGGCACAUACAAGGGGAAGAAGUUCAAUGCUAUCUGUCACUUUUUUGGUUAUCAAGCGCGGGGAUCUUUACCAUCAAAAUUUGAUUGUGACUAUGCUUAUGUUCUUGGGCACAUCUGUUAUCAUAUACUGGCAGCUCGUCUGAAUGGUUAUUUGGCAACUGUUACAAAUCUGAAAAAUCCAGUAAACAAGUGGCGCUGUGGUGCUGCUCCGAUCACUGCAAUGAUGACUGUAAAGCGUUAUGGUCAUGGUCCCGGGGCGUUAUCAAUUGGGAAACCGUCUCUGCAUCCUGCUACUGUGGAUUUGAAUGGCAAAGUAUACGACCUGCUCAGACAAAAUGCAACAAAGUUCUUGAUGGAAGAUGUAUACAGAAACCCUGGACCUCUUCAAUUUGAUGGUCCUGGGUCAGAUGCUAAGCCUCUGACAUUGUGUGUUGAGGACCAGGACUACAUGGGCCGAAUCAAGGAAUUGCAGGGGUAUCUUGACAAGGUGCGAACCAUUGUUAAACCAGGGUGUUCACAAGAGGUUCUUAAAGCAGCUUUGAGUGCCAUGGCUUCUGUGACAGACAUUCUCUCUGUAAUGUCGUCGCCAUCACACGUUGGGAAUACACCCUUUUAGAAGCACAAAGUAGUCGCUGGACUCUGCUUGCUAGAGUUUUUUCGUAUAGGAUUCUGAGUGAUACUAGAAUUCCGGUCUGUCUUUUGUUCCUCGUUUUAUUUUAUUGUUUGAUUUAUAUCAUAAACAUCUUUUAGUA